CAACAUAAUAACCUUUCACAUCAUCAACCAUCACCACCCCAAUACAUACCCCAGAUUUCAUUUGAUCCAAUACUAUCUCACAUGCAUACCUGCCUACCUUCCUUCACGCCCCGCCGCUAAUGUUGCUGGGUUUCGUGUUCACGGUCGCCGUCAGCCCACCGCUCUGAGAUCUAUUUAUUGUACUUACUUUAGGGAAUGGCUGGAGAGUCCAAUAAUGCCCCGGACAUAGGGGAAAGUUUGGAUGUGCCAGCUACUGAAAAGAAAGACUCUGAGACUGUUGUAAAGAAGCAGAAAGGAGUAAUAUCUCGGAUUUGGAAUCAAAUCUUUAGAGUACAUGGUGAUGAUUUUGAAAAGAGACUGCAACACAUUUUCAAGGAAGAAGCUGCUGUUCUAGCUAGAAUGAAGAAGAGAUCUCGACGUUGGAGAAGGAUGACCAGGCAUGUGAUAAUAUUCUCUGUGAUUUUUGAGUUUAUUGCAGUGGGUUAUGCUAUCAUGACAACAAGGUCGUUAGAAUUAAACUGGAAAAUGAGGGCAUUACGAGUUCUGCCAAUGUUUCUGUUGCCAGUUUUAUCUUCUAUUACUUACUCAGCAGUAGUCACCUUCACAAGAAUUUGCGACCGUAAAGACCAGAAAACCUUGGAAAGGCUUCGGGCUGAAAGGCAAGAAAAAAUUAAUGAUCUUAAAGAGAAGACAAAUUACUACACUACACAACAGUUGAUUCAGAGGUAUGACACUGACCCAGCAGCGAAGGCAGCUGCUGCAACUGUCCUUGCAUCCAAGUUAGGUUCAGAUUCUGGCUUGAAAGUGUAUGUGGGAGAUGAGUCUAAGCUCAAUGCCCAUGCCCCCAUAGGAAAGAGCAAUGAUGUCGAAUUUGUUCACUCUAGUGGGCUCCGAAAUCGAAAACAGUCACUUACAAGAUCCAGUAGCACAGGGGGUACUGUAUUACAACAACAUUGGGAUGAAGAAGAAAUACUCCAUAAUACAGGGAAUAACAGUCCUGAGAUUACUUCUAAUCUUAAUCAGAUGGUUGUUGAACAUCAUCCAGGAUCGACCACCGCACUUGAUGGAGGAUGGUUUGCUCGGAUUGCAGCAUUGCUCGUGGGUGAGGAUCCAACACAGUGUUAUGCACUUAUAUGUGGGAACUGUCAUAAACACAAUGGGCUUGCAAGGAAGGAAGAUUUCCCAUACAUAACGUACUAUUGCCCCCACUGCAAUGCCCUGAAUGGGUCAAAACAUCCAAAUGGUAUUUCUGGUUCCGACUUGCCUGGUAUGAGCUCCUUGAUAACAGGAGGCAAUAUUGACCCCAUCAACAACAUUGGUAGAGUUACAAUGACUGACACUGACAUGACACCUGUAAGUAGUAGCCCAGUGGCUCUAUCUGCUGUGGAAACCAUUGAAGGAAGCGAAGCGGUUUUGUCUGGGGUUCCAGAUCCAGUUAGUUAAAGGCAGACUUCGUGACGCCUGUGCAUAGAGCUUCAUGUUUUAGGUAACUCAAGAGCGUGUUUUGAGUGCUGGCUGGGACUGUAAAUGAGUUUGUGUUUGGUUGUGUAAUGUUAGGUUUCUUAAUUGCAAUCCUAGUUUGCUAGGGUGUCUAUGCCAUUUUAAGUAAUAGCUUCUUGGCAAAGUGCUUACGUUGCUUUUUAUGUUGUGAUUCUGAAAGUACAUCUAUAUACAAGUAGGCCUUCAUUGCCACUUGAGAUCAAAUAUCAAAAGAAAUGGAAAAAAGUUACUUUUGUUGGUAA